GCCAUUUUGGAUGCUGUGCGGCUCGUCGGAAGUCAGUCUCUUCCGUUCUCAGGCCCGAGGAUCCCUCCAGGAGGAGCAGAACAGAAUGCUGGGCUCUGGCUUCAAAGCUGAGCGCUUACGAGUCAAUUUGAGAUUAGUCAUAAAUCGUCUUAAACUGUUGGAGAAAAAAAAAACGGAACUGGCUCAGAAAGCAAGGAAGGAGAUUGCUGACUAUCUGGCCGCUGGCAAGGAUGAGCGAGCACGCAUCCGCGUGGAGCACAUUAUCCGGGAGGACUACCUUGUGGAGGCCAUGGAGAUCCUGGAGCUCUACUGUGACCUGCUGCUGGCUCGGUUUGGCCUUAUCCAGUCUAUGAAGGAGCUGGAUUCUGGUCUGGCUGAAUCUGUGUCUACGCUGAUCUGGGCUGCUCCUCGGCUUCAGUCAGAAGUAGCUGAGUUGAAAAUAGUUGCUGAUCAGCUCUGUGCCAAAUAUAGCAAGGAAUAUGGCAAGUUGUGCAGGACCAACCAGAUUGGGACUGUGAAUGACAGGCUAAUGCAUAAACUGAGUGUAGAAGCCCCACCCAAAAUCCUAGUGGAGAGAUACCUGAUUGAAAUUGCCAAGAAUUACAAUGUACCCUAUGAACCUGACUCUGUGGUAAUGGCAGAAGCUCCUGUUGGGGUGGAUACAGAUCUUAUUGAUGUUGGAUUUACAGAUGAUGUGAAGAAAGGUGGCCCUGGAAGAGGAGGAGGGGGCGGGUUCACAGCCCCUGUUGGUGUACCUGAUGGAACAGUGCCAAUGCCCAUGCCCAUGCCCAUGCCAAUGCCAAUGCCAUCUCCAAAUGCUCCCUUCUCAUAUCCACUGCCAAAAGGACCAUCGGAUUUCAGUGGAUUGCCAGUGGGGACUUACCAGGCCUUUCCUAACAUUCACCCACCUCAGAUACCAGCAACUCCCCCAUCGUAUGAAUCUGUAAGUGCCUGAGCCUCUUUGAUAAACGGCAGGAGAAUGAAUCCCAUGAAGAGAGCAAAAUAAUGACAACAGGGAAGGCAAACUUUUGAUCAACUUAGUAUGGGUAUUGCUCUUGCUUCGGGAUUCUUUGUUGCUUUCAUACUGCCCUGGAGAUGGAGAGUGCUGUUGGUGGCAUUUGUGGUGGGCAUGCUAUGUUGGCACUGAAGCUAGGAAUCAGGAAGGAGCUGCUCUUAGGAAGCUACUCAGAUGGGCAUGGUGGCACAUGCCUAUAGUCUCAACACUUUGGAGGGUCAGGAGUUCAAGGUCAGCCUGGACUACAUGAGCCCAUCUAGAAAAGUAAAAAGGAAGUGGUGCUCUACUAGAGCCUUAAUGUAGAUCAUAUGCUCUACUGAACUGCUGUAUCACAGGGAGCUGCUGUAAUAUUUGAUAUUAAUUUGAUAUUAAAAUGUUUAUUAGAGUGUCAGGUUUUGUUUUUUUUUUUUUUAAUUUCUCAACAUUCAUGGGAAAGAAUAGUAACAAGGUAAUUUGACUUAGUCAAAAGUGUGCAGUUAGUCAUUUUUGGCCUGUAGUGUUGAUUUCACAUUUUAUUCUUGAAGCUAAAACUUAGAGCAAACCUGUGGCACAGGUCAGUAAUCUUAGCAGCUUAGAAGCUGAAGUAGAUCACAAAUCUUAAACCUUGUUUCAAAAUGAAAAGUAAACCAAAACUAGGGAAGUAGUUCAAUGGUGGGGUGCAUAUCUGUUGUGGAAGAGGCCUUAGGUGCAGCACCAGUGCUUAGGGGUGUGGGGAAAUUUUCAUAAAUGACUCAUGUGGUAAAGAUGCCUUGAACUGUGUAACAGCAGCUCUACCUCAGAAUUACUUGUUUUCUGCCAGUGUUGCAUAAACCUACAUGACUCAUACAUACAUUUGAGAGCCGAUUCCAGCUUAUGGUUUCCUUAGGAAACACGUUGGUGUGGGGUUGCUGUGUAAUUACUCACAUAGGAAGCUCUCCCUGAUCCUUAGUUUGCUUAUCAUUCUUUUCCUUGGUUU